AUGCCCCAGAACUACUGCGCCGUCGCGCGGUGUCCGUCCAGGGCAGUAUCGGACGUCGCGUACCACAAGUUUCCCGUCGACAGCCCCCAGCGGCAGCAGUGGAUCGACUUCGUUCGGUCGUCGGGACGGGGGCUCGCCUGGACUCCACGCAUAUCGAGCCGCGUCUGCUCGCGCCACUUCGCGCCCUCCUGCUACAGACACGACCCGGUCAGGCUGGCCCAGCUCGGCUUCCCGGUGAAGGGGCUACUCCUCGUGCCCGGAGCACUGCCGACCGUCUACCUCGGUGUGGACCACCGUGACCACCGUGGUGCGGACCUGCGCCCAGCUGGGGCAGCUGCCUCCACUGCGGAGCCGAUCGUCGAGCGUCCACGACUCGAGGUUUGUGUGGUAGCCGCGCAGUUUGCACGGUAUAGGGCGUUUGCGGGCUAG